AUGGGAGCAGAAUAUAUGAUAAUUGUUCCAAGUUUGUUGCGUAUUAUUCGACAACCGGUACCUAGGGAGGUACAGAAACGUAGUAUAAUAACUCGUGAUCGAGUGUGGCAUGAUGCGAAAAUGAUGAAUGAUUAUUUUACACCUAAAACUGGUUAUACCUCAAGACAAUUCAAACGACGUCUAGAUAUGAGGGAAAAAUUAUUCGAGAAAUUUUUAGGAAAAUUGCUUGAAGUGGAUCCAGAAUGGCAACAACUUCCGGAUGCAACCGGUACUAUGGGGCAUUCUCCGCAUAUGAACUUAGUUGUCGUGAUGAAAUGUUUAUACAAAAGUAUGGCAACUGAUAGUGUCGAUGAUUACACUCGUAUAGGUGCCACUACAAGAUACUAUUAUCUAAAAAUAUUUUGCCACACCAUUUGCAUGACUUUUGGAGAAAGAUAUUUGCGUGAACCCACUCCUGAAGAUGUUCAGAGGUUGCUAUAUAAAAAUGCGGAACGAGGUUUUCCUGGAAUGCUUGGUAGUGUUGAUUGUAUGCAAUGGACAUGCAAGAAUUUUCCGAUGGCUUGGCAAGGAACUUAG